AUGGGCAAGCGGCCAGGGCCCCCACCCAGCCCUCAGCCCAGCCAUGAUCACGAUAUCAUCGCUAAAGAUUCGGAAAACGGCGAUGGGGUAAACGAGGAUCCAAUGCCAAAUCCUCAUCCUCGUAUCCUCAUCCCUGAGGAGGAGAGCCAACAAAAUGAUUUGCAAGAAGAGGCUUCUGAAACGGAUGCCUUUCUCUCAACGGUUGACCCUGUUGAAGAAGCACCUCGAAAAAUCACACUUUUUCCAUCUCCGAUCCCGCAGAAACUAUCAACCCAACGGAAACAAAGCUCUCGAGAAAGGCGGAGAAAGCACAGCAGUCGUAAAGAAGAACAAGACGAACACUAUAUUAUUGAGAUUGAAGAGGAGACGAUACCAAUCAAUUGGAAAGAGAACCUCAAAGUUCAAUGGCGCGAGUUCUGGGCAGACCUUAGCAAUACAAAGCAGAUGGUUUUCAAUUGGCCAGAGAAUACACCACUUGAAGUGCACGAGCUGGUUGGACCCGAGCGUUUCGAUCCGGGUCUUCCCAAAUAUCAGAUGCCUUUCUUCUGGAAUAGUAGACGAAUUCCCGCCACUCCUUCUUGGGCAUUAGUUGUUUGCGCGAUCGAGAUGGUUUUUGGGUUUAUCUCAAAAGUUCUCUUCGUGAUCUCAAUUUAUGAAAGGCGAGCUCGGCUUCUUCGCUUGCAACUUUUGUUUCAGUAUACAACUUGUGUUUUCUUGUUACUUGAUGCUUCUUUUGCAUUAGCUGCUGAUUUUGGUGGCUAUCACGAAGAGAACCUUUACGCUCGCCGAAAUCCGCCAAUCAUUCGAUUUCUCGCCUUUCUUUCACUACUUUUUCUUUUUAUUCAACUUUAUCUUCGAAUGAUGACUGUUCAAGUGUACAACUUCAUCAGCGAUAAUCGAAAAUUUCAUUUAGCGUUGCACAACAGCUGGUGGCGUUACAGGAAACGCGUCUAUUUCUCGUUUUGCUCAAUUCGAAACGCUGAAAUGAAAGACGAAGAAACGGAGAAACGAAAACACGAUGCAGUGAAAAGAGAGGAAGUGAGAGAUGCAGAAGUUUUUCGAAAGAUUCAACAAGAAAAUCUUGUCACUCUCAUUACCGUUGAUCCGUUGAUCGAACCAUAUCCUCAUUUCACGCCGUAUCAGGCACCACUACUACCAGUGAAUCGAGGUCAACCGCCGUUCUCAAUGAUUGUAAAUCUAGAGAGUGACGUCGAUUCAAUCCCAGGCUUUCCUUUACAAAGCUCUACAUCAACACCUUCGAUCGCCUCAUUGAGUACAAUGGCAGUCCCAUUGAAACGGCAAAGACAAACGAGAGGGGUCACCGUCUCUGCCUCGUCAACUCCAACACAAAUAAGAAGGGUACCACAUCGAUCAAAAAGCCGUCCACGAGAAACGAUUGUGCCAAAGAAACGUCUCCGUAUCGAUAGUGAGGCGAAUGGGCAACGAAGAAGGGAACAUGGCAUUCGAUUGCAAUUAGAGGUGGAUGGAGACUCAGUGAGACGAUUACUCGAUAGCCGAACUGGAGAGAAACUCCCAGCCACACUAGCUCUUUCU